AUGAGCGCGGAUGAGCAGAGAGCGCCGGCGGGUCCUGAGGGCUCCACUCCGCUGUCCCCGGAUCUGCUGGGCAAAAAACAGCCUCGAAUGCCGAAAUGCUCCCGCUGCAGGAACCACGGCUUCGUCUCACCUCUGAAGGGCCACAAGCGCUUCUGUAACUGGCGGGACUGUCGGUGCCAGAAGUGCAAACUGAUCGCGGAGCGCCAGCGCGUCAUGGCGGCUCAGGUGGCUCUGCGGCGUCAGCAGGCUCAGGAGGAGGAGAUGGGCAUCUGCACUCCAGUGAACCUCUCCGUUCCAGACAUCAUGGUGAAGAAUGAACUGGGAAGUGAUUGCAGCUUCGCGGUGGGAGCGAGAUCACCUUCCUCCAACAGCACUGGAUCUGCUUCUUCUCCUGCUGCCUCUGGGAGCCGCUCUUCACUGUCGCUGAGCCCCACAGCAGCCAGCAAGGGACACUCUGAAGGCUCUGCUGACCUGGUGGUGGAUGCGUCCUACUGCAACUUUUAUCAGCCUUCCCGCUACCCAGCGUACUACAGCAGUCUCUACAAUUACCCACAGUACCAGCAGAUGCCCAGUGGAGAUAGCCGCCUGUCCAGCCACAACAUGCCCCAGCAAUACCGUAUGCACUCCUAUUACUCUGCAGCCUCCUACUUCAGCCAGGGCCUGAGCACAGCUGCCUGCAAGCCCCCCAUUUUCACCCUUGAGGACAACAACAUCUGGCCCGAGCACAAACCUGCAGCUUUCUCUGCUGAUGGAGUUCCUGACACCAGCAUGGCCUGCAUGCCCAUCAACCCUAUGGUGAGUGCUGAGAACAAGGCAGAAUGUGAGCCCGACUCUGGAGUGUUUACUGUAGACUCCAUCAUAGAGGGAGCUGCCAAGUAA